CACGCCCGUCGCGGGAGCACGCAGCGCGGCGACGUCGCGAUGACGUGCACGUCCGAAGGGGGCGGAGCGAGCGAACUGAUGCCGUUCUAAAUAAAGACGAGGGGACCGUUUGAUUACAAACAUUAGACUAGUACGAUAUCACAAAAGGUUUGCGACAUGCCUGUCCGUCGUGCGGCCGCUCGGACCUCCUCCCAGGAGACGCCCCCCAAGACCACCCCAGAAGGAGAGGAGGCCGUCCCUCCCUCGGCGGAGCCCACCGCCAGUUCGGAAGAGUCAGCCUCCACGGGGGAGGAGCAGGAGGUACCCCCUGCCGCUCCAGCCCAGGAGGAGAAAGGAGGAGGACAGGAUGACAACGUGAAGGCCACCGACACGGAGGAGAAAGGCGACGAGAAGCAGGCUGAAAACGGUGGCGAAGGGGAGAAAGGAGAGAAGGAGAAGGACACUGGGAAAGAAAAAGAAAAGGGGAAAAGGGUGAAAAAGACCAUUCCUGCCUGGGCAACCAUGUCGUUCAGCAAGCGCACCACUACUGUUUCCCUGUACAACCAGCCAAAGGUGGACGACAUAGUGAUUGAAGCGAUCCAGGCCUGCAAGGACAAGUCUGGAGCUUCCACCUAUGCCAUCAGGAACUACAUUGUGAAGAAAUAUGCCUCCCUGGAGCUGGACAAGAAGAAAUUCCUCAUCAGGAAGGCAUUAAAGCGACUGGUGGAGAAGGGUGUUGUCAAGCAGCUGAAGGGGAAGGGAUUCUCUGGAAGUUUCACUGUUGGCAGGCAGUCACCAAAAUCAGGCAACCAGACGUUGGGAGACACGCUGCCGCUCAUCAUCACUCGUCUGUGUGAGCCCAAGGAGGCCUCCUACGUCCUCAUCAAGAAGUAUCUGGAGCAGCACUUCCCUCAGUUCAACAUCGAGCAAAGACCCGACCUCCUGAAGAGUGCCCUGCAGAGAGCUGUGGACAAAGGCCACCUUGAGCAGAUCACUGGGAAGGGAGCUUCGGGAACUUUUCAGCUGAAGAAGGCAAGUGAUCAGCCCCUCCUGCAGGGAGGGGAGCUGGAGGAAGCCAUCUUGACAGCCAUCACAGCCAUGAAUGAGCCCAAGACUUGUAGCAUCACCACCCUGCGCAAGUUCCUGCUGGAAACACACAAGGACAGCAAGGUCUACAAACUGGUGGGAAACCUCAGGAGGACCCUUCAAAGGUGCAAGAAAAUGGGUUGGAUGGAGCAGAUUACUGGCAAUGGUUUGAAUGGGUCCUACCAGCUCUCCUACCCCUAUUACCCCAGUCCUGCAGUGCUGUUUCCAGAUAAAAAUAAAGAAAAGGAGAAAUCUAAACGCAGGAGACAGGAGGACUCAGAGUCAGACGAGAGGGACUCUGAGGAAGAGGACUCCGACGAAGAUGAAGGACCUCCUCCAAAGAAAAGGAAACAGCAGAAGAGGUCGCCUCCCAAGUUGCCCCGCCCUCCCCGCGCUAAGAAGAGCUGGCAGGCCAGUCGAGUGAAGGCCAAGGGCAAACGGCCCGCUCCGGCCAAGAGACCUCCAGCCAGCCCCAAGAAGCCCGCUGCACGCCCCAAGAAGCCAGUGGCUCCUGCCAAGAAGCCGGCUGCCAAAGCAGCUUCGGCAAGCAAGGCGGCACCUGCUAAGAGCGCUCCACCUGCGAAGAAGGCGCCGCCUACUAAGAGCACGGCCAAGGAGAAGGCCGAUCGCUCCAGCAAGCCUAAGACGCUUGUCGCCAAGAAACUGACGAGUAAGGCCCCCACACGGCCAGCGCCCAAGAAGGCGCCAUCCAAGAAAUCUACCCCCAAGUCUGCCGUGCAGGCCAAAUCUGCACAGCGCAAGUCCCUAAGGUCUAAGAAAUGAGCACCACUGCACUGAGAGUGAAAGGUUUACAUUGGCUCUCAAAUGCUGUGCUUUGCCAUAGUGUCUUUCCCUCUCACUGCCUUUGGUCUCUUUUUUUUUUUUUUUUUUUCUUUCCUUUUUUUUUUUCUCCCCCCCCCCCCUCUCUGAAGUCAUAAGUUCGCAAGCAAAAGUUAAGACCAUUCGAACUCCUGACUCAUUUUUCGGUUCCCCAGCGAUUUCAAAUUAAAGUGGAGUAUUACAAAUAACUUCCUGGGGGAGAAGUAUUAGUAGGUGUUUAGUGGAGCUAUAGACUCAAUCUUUUUUGACACAUAAAUAGAAGAAAACUUUCUAUCAGUUUAGCCUGUAUACAGAUUCUUGUUUAGCAAGUAGACCCUGCUUUGUAAGACUAACUUGUGAGCCCAGACAGUGAGUCUUUGUCAUAGGUACAAGUCCCCCCCCCCCCCCGUUUUGUAAAGCUGUGUUCAUGUGUUAAUAACUUGCAUUUCUUGUUCUGUUCUAAGUGUCUCUCUAAAACACUUGAGUCAUCCUCAUUUUGGGUUUGGGGAUUCAACAGUUUGUGUGGUAGCACAAACUUUUUUGUAAUAAUUCAUAAGAAAUAUUUGAAGGUGAUGGAGCUAGAGCAGUGUUUGGACCAUUUUGGGUUGGAAUCACUUCUGUGAUGCAAAUGGGUGGACAUUAAGUCUUUGGUAGUCUGAAAAUGUAUGUAAAUCAGGUCUUCAAGAAGUAUUUGGUUAAUGUAUGUAUAAAAUACAGAUCGUGAUCCCAAUCAAAUUAGUGGGGGGGGGGAGCAGCAGCCGUUUUCCAUGUGCUAGUGAAUGACUGCAUAAUUUUGCUUCUAAAACGUGCUUUGCUCAUACAAACAUUCACUCAUACCCUGCAUGCCUGUGCCCUUCAUUUGUGAUGCUUUUUUCUUUAGUCAUUAAUAAAGUGACUAUAUUU